CGCUUGUACGGGGUGGGGUGUAGACUUUUCAUAUUUUCUUUAAGUUGUAAAUGAUCACACUGACAAAUGCAAGGCGAGGAACACGAGGCAGAGAGAUCGGCAGCGUUGCGCUUCAUGAGAAUUAGUUUUGAAUGUGUGGCUGGACCACAAGUAACCACCUCCAGAUGUGUGAGCUCUAUCUAUGACGGACAAUUUACGACCCUCCGCACUGAAUCACUUACUCUUUGCUCCCUGUGCAAUGUUCGGGUUAAUGCUUAAUCCAAAAUCAGACUGAGGAUAGUUGGGCCAAGCCCCGUUUAUGGGAGGGUGGUUACUUGGAUGCAGAUAAGUUCUUGGGGAUCAGAGGUAUACAAGUUCAGAGAUCUGUGAGACUAAGCUCGGGCUAGUCGAGCAAAACGGGAACUACGGUACCGCAGCCACCAUGCCGAAGACCUCGACGUCCAAGGCCUUCGCCGCUACUUUUGGCAUCCUGACCGCGUCUGCCAUCGGCGGCAUCGUCACGAUGAUUAUUUUGUAUGAAACUCAGAUUGCGACAAUGAACCCGACGCCGCGACCGACCUUGGCAGCCACCACGAUGGCACCACCACCUGUCAUGCGGCUGCCGACAAAUCUUGUGCCUGAGAACUACAGAAUCUUUCUUCAUCUUCAUCUCUAUUCCAAAAUCAUUGAGGAAGUUAACGUCACCACUCCCAACCAGACGAUGCUGUUCACCGGUAACUCAACCGUACAUUUUUACUGUGUUGAGACGACGCGGAGCAUUUACCUCCAUAGCCGAGACCUGAGGGUUUAUGAUCCGUUGGUGAAGAAUGAAAAUACAAAAAAGAAGAUUGAGAUCUCAAAUAUGAAGCAUCAUGCGGAUGAAAGUGAUUUCUUGGAGAUCCAGUUGGCAGAUAAACUGGAGGCUGGAAUGAACUACAGCUUGUUUCUGGCGUUCAAGGGACAGAUAUCACAAAAUCUUCAAGCCUUGUAUUUAAGCACAUAUAAGGAAAGUUUUCCACAUUCUAAAGAUAACACCGACAGAUUUCUUGCCAGUACACAUCUGCAGCCAACAGACGCCAGGAGAGUGUUUCCUUGUUUCGAUGAGCCGGAAAUGAAAGCUGUGUUUGAUGUGUCAAUCAUUCAUCGAGAAAACAUGAUGGCACUUGGAAAUGAAGCUGUGGCAGACUCCGGUCUUAUAGAUAACUGGGAAGUCACCCACUUUCAUCCCACACCAAAAAUGUCCACGUACUUGUUGGCAUUCACCGUUUCAGAGUUCACACCCACGCCAUCGAAGCACGACCGUGUGAAAAUCCAAAUAUUUGCUCGGCCAGAGGCUACUGAUGCUGGACACACUCAAUAUGCAGCAAACGUUACUGGAAAGAUUCUUAUGUUCUACGAGAAACAAUUUGAAAUCAGUUACCUUCUGAAAAAACUUGAUCAAAUUGCACUGCCGGAUUUAUCUGCUGUAGCGAUGGAAAACUGGGGAUUAAUCACAUAUGACGAAGGAGUCUUGCUGUAUGAAGAGGGAGUGUCAUCCCAGUUGCACAAGGAAACAAUCUCGUAUAUCAUUGGACACGAACUGGCACACCAGUGGUUUGGAAAUCUUGUGACAAUGAAAUGGUGGAGUGAAAUUUGGCUUAAUGAAGGCUUUGCCACCUACAUGUCAACUUUGGCGCUGGACGAAGUCGAACCGACGUUUAAAGUGAGAGAAAUGUACAUCAUGCAUGAACUCCAUGGAGCACUUGAGCAGGACGCGUUGGCUUCUUCGCAUCCUCUUAGCGUCCCACAAGAAAAUAUCCAGUCCACUUCACAGAUCAUCGAGAUGUUUGAUGUUAUAUCCUACUACAAGGGAGCGCUUGUGCUCAGAAUGCUGGCCGACGCUGUGGAGCAAAGAGUUUUCGACAAAGGGCUUAAAAUGUACCUCAGUGCCUUUAGACAUGGAAACACUGACCAAGAUGACCUUUGGGGCUAUAUACGAAAGGCUGUUGUUGAUGACGGGGGUCACACUGAUGUUGCCGAGACGAUGCACACGUGGACCAAUCAAAAUGGAUAUCCCGUCAUUACCAUCAACACGACCAUUGGUCAAAUUGACCAGAAGCACUUCCUCUUCAACAGUUCUUUGGACUCGAGCUUUUUGUGGCAUAUUCCAAUCCGAGUAUUGUCAAAUACAUCGGGAACUUCUCUCGUCUGGUUGAAGACCAGAAGUGCAGUUAAAGAUCCAUUCAUUUCUAAACAUGGAGAGUGGGUCCUUGCAAAUGUCAACUGUACUGGAUACUAUCGGGUCAAUUACAACCCAGAGAAUUGGAUGAACCUCCUCAGUCAGCUGGAAUCAAACCACAAUCGCAUUCCAGUGAUGAAUCGAGGGCAGCUCAUUGAUGAUGCGUUUCAUUUGGCAAGGGCCAAAAUAGUUGAUGUGACUCUGGCUCUAAAUACAACGUGGUUCCUUCGCGAUGAGAAAGAGUAUAUACCCUGGGAGUCGGCAGUUCGGAAUCUUGAGUACUUCGUCCUCAUGUUUGACCGCUCGGAGGUGUAUGGACCGAUGCAGCUCUAUCUUCGGGCUCAAGUUAAAAACUUGUACAGUUACUUCAGAAACUUCACAGACAACUCGGAAAUUCCAGUGGACCAUUCAUUACAGCACAACCAGAUCACAGCCAUUGACGUGGCUUGUUCCAAUGGACUCCAAGAAUGCAUCCAAAGGGCUACGUGGAUGUUUGACGACUGGAUGAAUGGCAAUGAUACCAACGUCAACAGCAUUCACCCCAACUUACGGUCGGUCAUCUACUGCCAAGCUUUGGCCGCCGGAGGGAAAAAAGAGUGGGAGUUUGCUUGGAAUAAGUUCCAGAACACCAGGAAAACCUCAGAGAAAGACCAGCUUCGUAAAGCCCUGUCAUGCACCAAGAAGAUCUGGCUUCUAAGCAGAUACUUGGAUUACACUUUGGACCCUAAGAAGAUACGUCUGAUGGAUGUUACUUCGACUAUUAACUACAUUGCCACAAAUGUGGCGGGGCAUGGAUUGGCUUGGAAUUUUAUUCGUGCACACUGGGACUACGUUAGUCAGGGCGAUGGAGCCAAACUGAUCGAGGGUGUGACCAGGAGGUUCUCAACUCAGUUCGAACUGGAGGAGUUGAAGGAUUUUGCCACAAAGUCUGACCUUGGUGCUGCUUCGGAGGCCGUGGACCGGGCUAUUGAGCAGGUUAACGUCAACAUCCAGUGGGUCAGCGAGAACAAGGACACCGUGCUCGACUGGUUUCGUAGCAGAACUGAUGAUGACAUUUAGCAUUUGAUCGUGAAGAUGGUGAAGGCAGCUUUGAAAGGCCUUCCUCUGCUACCUAAUCCAGAAUCAAAACUUACUCCAAAGACAAGUCCAACAAGAUGGACCUAAAAAAAACGGAGUGAUGCACUUUUCUGAAACCCAAUUCAUGAGAUAAGGAACAGAAUGUAAGCAAAAUGCAGGUUACAGUACAAAAUUAAACAUACCGGUACUUUUUUUUUCCUGCUAAAAACAGUCAGCAAUACUUAUUUAUUUAUACAACAUUGUUCCAAUGCAGGGGCGGCCCGGUAGUCCAGUGGUUAGCACGUGGGCUUCACAGUGCAGAGGUACCGGGUUCGAUUCCAGCUCCGGCCUCCCUGUGUGGAGUUUGCAUGUUCUCCCCGGGCCUGCGUGGGUUUUCUCCGGGUGCUCCGGUUUCCUCCCACAUUCCAAAAACAUGCGUGGCAGGCUGAUUGAACACUCUAAAUUGUCCCUAGGUGUGAGUGUGAGUGCAAGUGGUUGUUCGUCUCUGUGUGCCCUGCGAUUGGCUGGCCACCAGUUCAGGGUGUCCCCCUGCCUACUGCCCGAAGACAGCUGGGAUAGGCUCCAGCACCCCCCGCGACCCUAGUGAGGAUCAAGCGGCUCGGAAGAUGAAUGAAUGAUGAAUGCAAGUGGAAGAGAUGAAUGCUGCCAAUGUCCAUGUCCAACUUCUAGAUAUAUCGGAGGCGAAGAACAGAAUCUUAUAAAAUAAAGGUAAUAACAUAUUUUGGAUAAUCGAGGUGUUUGUUGUAAUCAUAUGACCGAAUAAUUUGUAUACUAGGCUGAAAUGGAGCCUUCUGUACAUUGGUGUAGCAUCAGAACUCAUUGGAAUCUUAUGGUCAGUGGGAUCUACUAUGCAGUUGUGACAAGAACCGAUCCCUUUUGUGUUUGUGUUUUAAUUUAUUAUUAACACUAACAAAUUCAGUAAACUUAUUUAUUUGUCAUUCCAAAUAGCGCCCGUUGACCAAAAACAUUUCUGAAUUCACAACAGUGAGUUCAGAAAUACAAAGAAACAUGGCAGUUGAUGGUAUUUGUUUAUUGUUUACAUUAUUAUAUUAUUGUAUUAGGGGGGAAAAAAAGCUAAAGAUGGUAUUUUGUGUCUUAUAGUGCAAGAAUGGGAAUCGUUUAUAUAUACAGCAUGUUUGAAAUUUCUAUGUUUGUCGUCAUAUAUGACGAGAAAAGUAGGAACUACUCACCGACGUGAUGUAUACUAACAAAUUGUACGAAAAUGAAAUUUGAAUGUCCAUUUAUUUUACGCCCUUCCUUUUACAGCAAUAAAUACACUCAACUGACAAAGGUGCAUUCAUGUUUUUAUCGGAAAAGGAGUUCAUGUAUAGCAAACUCAAUCUGCACUCCACCCCACUUUUCAAUGUAUGUAUUGAACGCAGCUUCACGUAUUUUAUAGAUUUGAUAGUGUCAGAUAUCGUCAUUCGAGAUUCGAAAAUUAAGCAGUGUUACUCAUUCAUUCAUUCAUUCAUUCAUCUUCCUAACCGCUUGAUCCUCACUAGGGUCGCGGGGGGUGCUGGAGCCUAUCCCAGCUGUCUCCGGGCAGUAGGCGGGGGACACCCUGAAUCGGUUGCCAACCAAUCGCAGGGCACACAUAGACGAACAACCAUUCGCACUCUAACACCUAGGGACAAUUUAGAGUGUUCAAUCAGCCUGCCACGCAUAUUUUUGGAAUGUGGGAGGAAACCGGAGCACCCGGAGAAAACCCACGCAGGCCCGGGGAGAACAUGCAAACUCCACACAGGGAGGCCGGAGCUGGAAUUGAACCCGGUACCUCUGCACUGUGAAGCUGACGUGCUAACCACUGGACUACCGGGCCGCCCUAAUCACCAUUUCAUUAUUGCUAUUAUUAAUUUCUGUUCUACAGUCGGGCACGACGAGAUCUUUUCUCUCCCGGGGCUACAUGUAUGCUCGACCGAUAUGUGGGGAGGUGCUGAGGAAAAUAAACCAUUUUCAUGACUUA